GAUUGGCACUAGCAUUAAUAUUUCGAACUUUUUAAAGGAAAUUUUUUUUUAUAAUAACUAUCUUCAUACUUUUCAUGGUGAUCUCUAAUAUUUCGUAACCAAAAAUGUCAGACACUAAGGGUCGAUCUAGUAAAGAAGAUGUUCCAAGAAAAUUACGGGUGUCUUUAGGUUUAGAAAGAUCGGCUGCAGCAAGUUUCCAAGGAUCUGUCUCAAACCGGAAGUCACUUUCAAUCGCUAAUAUAGCGUCUGCGGCAUUAUUUCUAAAACGAGCAGACGGAUCAUGGGUUCCAAGGUACCAAAACAGCUAUCGCUUAGAGCCUUAUAAUCGAUAUAAUCCAGAAGUCGUCGAUAAAAUAGUAAAGACUGCAAUGGAGAAUAGGCUAUCAACAGUGACGUCAUAUGAUCCUUCUGAAGCUACAAAAUUAAGUAAAGAUGUAACCGGCGAUGUUCUGAAAGCUCUCAUAAAAAAGGACUACGAUAGAUGCAAGCACGUUGUGCAAGUGAGCGUGAUACAAAAUGCCUUUCAAAGCGUUAAUGUCAGUUUAGGGUGUCUGUGGGACAUCGAGCGUGAUAAUUACUCAUAUUACGUCUUUCAAAACAAUCACAUACAUGCUUGGUGCGCAGUCUUCGGUCUGUAUUACGAAUAGAAGAACUGGAAAUUCAGAACAAGUUAAUUCAAGGAGGUACAUGAAAAAACUUUUUUGGUCAUUUCAAUAUUUAUAUUUCUUUAUGAAUGUUCGUGCAGAAUAUGA